UCAUUAAUCCUGCUCAUACUGGCCAUUGAGAGAUUCCCUCCUGAAGUGCUUUCACUAGGAAGGGAGGAGGGCCCCAGACAGACAGCGUGGCUGCAUUGUCGCAGCAAGACAACUUGUCCAGUCGACCAGCACCACCUCAGCCGCUCACAACAUCCUCAGGUCGAGCCCUUUUCAGUCGGACAUGCGGGGUCCGCCUUUUGGUUUUCGCACGACUCACAACCCACAACGCGAGAGGAUUUGUUGUCGGUGCGGAGUAACGGCUGCGGUCGCGGAUAUCUGGCACAGAGGCUGACAGGCGACAGAUAACAACCCGCUUUGCCCCGGCGCCGGGAGCCACCAGCCUGCCGCUGGGAACCGGAGGGGUUGGGAGGCUAGCUAACUGGCAUUAGCCGGGGAGAGCCUUUCGGACCAGCAUCCUCAAACAUCUCGCUGCGUUGACGCCAACUCUAAAGGUGACAGCGUGAAGAUGGAUUGAAAGAUGAAGGGUGGAAGUGUCCCAUCAUCAAAAUAAGAGGACUUCUCUCUUAGGUUGUGCUCUGCAGCUUGACUGUGUGACUGAGCUGGGAGACAGAGAAGAAGAUGCCUCCCAGGCCGUCCUCAGGGGAGCUAUGGGGCAUCCACUUGAUGCCUCCCAGGAUCCUGGUGGACUGCCUGCUGCCCAAUGGGAUGAUUCUGACCCUGGAGUGUCUCCGUGAGGCCACGCUCAUCACCAUCAAACACGAGUUGUUCAAGGAGGCCAGGAAAUAUCCCCUCCAUCACCUCUUACAGGAGGAGACGUCCUACAUCUUUGUCAGUGUUACGCAGGAAGCAGAGCGGGAGGAGUUCUACGAUGAGACUCGGAGGCUGUGUGACCUCCGACUCUUCCAGCCUUUCCUCAAGGUCAUUGAACCAGUUGGCAACAGAGAGGAAAAGAUCCUCAACAGAGAGAUUGGUUUUGCCAUUGGUAUGCCUGUGUGUGAGUUUGACCUUGUGAAGGAUCCUGAGGUUCAGGACUUCAGGAGAAACAUCCUGAAUGUUUGUAAAGACUCUGUGGAGCUGAGAGACGCCAGCGGGCCCCAUAGUAGAGCGCUGUAUGUUUACCCACCCAAUGUAGAAUCCACACAGGAACUUCCCAAACACAUCUAUAGCAAACUGGACAAAGGUCAGAUUAUUGUUGUGAUUUGGGUGAUUGUUUCUCCAAACAAUGACAAACAAAAGUAUACACUGAAGAUCAACCACGACUGUGUGCCAGAACAGGUGAUUGCAGAGGCCAUUCGGAAGAAGACACGCAGCAUGCUGCUGUCCCCAGAGCAGCUUAAGAUGUGUGUUCAGGAAUACCAGGGUAAAUACAUCCUCAAAGUUUGUGGCUGUGAUGAGUACCUGCUGGAAAAAUACCCCAUCAGUCAGUAUAAGUAUAUCCGUAGUUGCAUCAUGCUGGGCAGGAUGCCUAACCUGAUGCUAAUGGCUAAGGACAGCCUGUACACCCAGUUGCCUACAGAUAACUUUGUCAUGCCGUCAUACUCUCGACGCAUCUCCACGGCAACAUCCUAUAUGAAUGGCGAAGCAGCUGCCAAGUCGCUAUGGACCAUCAACGGAACCCUGCGAAUGCGAAUCCUCUGUGCCACCUAUGUUAAUGUCAAUAUACGGGACAUAGACAAGAUCUACGUGAGGACAGGCAUUUAUCAUGGAGGUGAACAGAUGUGUGACAAUGUCAACACACAGAGAGUGCCCUGCUCAAACCCCAGGUGGAAUGAGUGGCUCACCUACGACAUGUACAUCCCAGACAUCCCCCGCGCUGCCAGGCUCUGCCUCUCCAUCUGCUCUGUCAAGGGCAGGAAGGGAGCCAAAGAGGAGCACUGUCCAUUAGCUUGGGGUAAUGUCAACUUGUUUGACUAUACUCACACUCUAGUGGCCAACAAGAUGGCUCUGAACCUCUGGCCUGUCCCUCAUGGCCUUGAAGACCUCCUCAACCCCAUAGGAGUCACUGGAUCCAACCCCAAUAAGGAAACGCCAUGUUUGGAGCUGGAGUUUGACCACUUCAGUAGUCCAGUCAAAUACCCAGAUAUGAACGCAGUCGAGGAUCACGCAAACUGGACCAUUUCCAGGGAGUUGGGAUUUAACUACAACCUCUCUGGACAGAGCAAUCGUGUGGCCAGAGAUCAUGCCCUGACAGAGAGCGACACUGAGCAGCUGAGACAGCUGAGUAACAGAGACCCUCUGUCUGAAAUCACUGAGCAGGAGAAAGACUUCCUCUGGAGACACAGGCACUACUGUAUGAACAUCCCAGAGAUCCUUCCCAAGAUCCUUCUCGCUGUCAAAUGGAACUCCAGAGAUGAAGUCGCACAGAUGUACUGUCUCUUAAAGGAGUGGCCAUCUAUCCGUCCUGAGCAGGCCAUGGAGCUGUUGGACUGUAACUAUCCAGACCCCAUGGUCAGACACUUUGCUGUACGCUGCCUUGACAAAUACCUGACUGAUGACAAACUGUCCCAGUACCUGAUCCAGCUCGUGCAGGUAUUAAAGUAUGAGCAGUAUCUUGACAAUCCCCUGGCCCGCUUCCUCCUCAAAAAGGCCCUGACCAAUCAAAGGAUAGGACAUUUCUUCUUCUGGCAUCUCAAGUCAGAAAUGCACAAUAAAACAGUGAGCCAGAGGUUUGGGCUGCUGUUAGAGGCUUACUGCAGGGCUUGUGGCAUGUACCUCAAACACCUGAGCAGGCAGGUCGAGGCCAUGGAGAAGCUCAUAAACCUCACUGACAUUCUUAAACAAGAGAAGAAGGAUGAGACGCAGAAGGUCCAGAUGCGGUUUCUUGUGGACCAAAUGAAGAGACCAGACUACAUGGAUGCUCUUCAGAACUUCACCUCUCCUCUCAACCCUGCACACCAACUGGGAAACCUGAGGUUAGACGAAUGCAGGAUCAUGUCAUCAGCAAAGAGGCCGUUGUGGCUAAACUGGGAGAAUCCGGACAUCAUGUCUGAACUCCUCUUUCAGAACAACGAGAUAAUCUUCAAAAAUGGAGAUGACUUGCGCCAGGAUAUGCUGACGUUGCAGAUUAUUAAAAUCAUGGAGAAUAUUUGGCAGAAUCAGGGACUGGACCUACGGAUGCUUCCCUAUGGCUGUCUGUCAUUAGGAGAUUGCGUGGGUCUCAUUGAGGUGGUUCGCAGCUCCCACACCAUCAUGCAGAUUCAGUGUAAAGGAGGCUUGAAGGGAGCCCUGCAGUUCAACUCAAACACUCUGCAUCAGUGGCUCAAGGACAAGAACAAGGGCGAGAUGUAUGACAUGGCUGUGGAUCUGUUUACGAGGUCCUGUGCUGGCUACUGUGUAGCUACAUUUAUCCUUGGCAUAGGAGACAGGCACAACAGCAACAUUAUGGUCAAAGAUGAUGGACAGUUGUUUCAUAUAGAUUUUGGCCAUUUCCUGGAUCAUAAGAAGAAGAAAUUUGGCUACAAGAGAGAGCGUGUGCCCUUUGUACUUACACAAGACUUCCUCAUCGUCAUCAGCAAGGGUUCCCAGGAGUGCACAAAGACCAAAGAGUUUGAGAGGUUCCAGGAGAUGUGUUAUAAAGCCUACCUGGCCAUCCGGCAGCAUGCUAACCUCUUCAUCAACCUGUUCUCCAUGAUGCUGGGCUCUGGCAUGCCUGAGCUGCAGUCAUUUGAUGACAUUGCCUACAUCAGGAAGACUCUGGCCCUGGAGAAAAGUGAGCAGGAGGCGUUGGACUACUUUAUGAAACAGAUGAAUGAUGCUCACCAUGGAGGAUGGACCACUAAGAUGGACUGGAUAUUCCACACAAUUAGACAGCAUGCACUAAACUGAUCUCCUGCACACAAACAAAAAAAAACACCGGUUCCACCAUGAGGAGUAUUUACUUCAGCCAGACACAGCAUUAGUAGUCUUUCAAGGAAUUUCAGUUCUGUUACAGCAGACACCAGUGCCAUUUGUGUUUAUUUAAAAAAUGGUUUCUGUUUUUCUGCAUUAACAUCUGCCUCUUUCACGUGGUCUCGACGAUGCUCUCGCAUUACCCUCUGCUUGAUUUGGGGACUAAAGGAGAGUUUUCCCUCACGUCCUGGUGAAGAUGUGUGCCCUAUAUGGCCGAUGCUUGCAUCUCUGACUACUAUGCUUCCUCUAUUUUUUGCCCAACACGAACAAACCAAGGAAAGUUCACCCCUUACUCUGCUGCUCUUGGAGGAGACAUACAAAUUUGGACAAAACAGCAUAAAGAAGACGCGUCUGCCAAGCUAUCAAUGUAGCCACAAUGGGAGUUCAACUUGCUGCUCUUCUGCUGUAGUAGUGCUGCACUGUGGCUCCACCCCAGACAGAAGGUGCUUGGGAAUUUUUUUUUUUUUUUUUAAUCUCAUCGCUGCUGAGAAGAUAGCGGGCACAAGAAACUGUCUGCAUUAUCCAACAUAACGGAAGUGUUACUCAAAUUUGUUGUAUAGUGCAGGAUUACUGGAGAAAGGGGGACUUCUAUGAUGACUACCGCUGCACAGUCUUCCACCAUCUUUGUGGUGACGUUGCCCCUCUGAGCUGAUUUGUUGUCAGCCUUUCCACCUUGUUACCCUUUGUGAGGAAAUUUCAAAGCUCAAAAAAAAAAAAAAACUGCACUGCAGAAGAGUGUCUCUGCAGUCUCUCAUGGCCUCAAUGAAACAGCACUCCACUCUUGGGAACAUUAGUUGGUGGUGCAGCUUAGACUCAUGCAUAAACUUCAGGGUGAUGAUGCCUCUCCAUCAAAAAAACAAACAAAAAACAGCACUUAGAAAUACCUGAAUAAUAUACAGAUUUAUUAUGACUUUUUAAAUUUAUUUAUGUAACUAGUUUCUUUCAGUUUAUACACAGGCAAAACCCUAACUCUGUGUAAAUAUAUUUGGAGUUUUUUUUUCCCCCUUUCUUUCUUUGUUGACCUGUUUGCAGCUUCUUCUGGCUACCAUGAGUGCAACUGCUUUCCUCUGUUUUCUCGAUCAUGGAGUUUUCUCAUAAUCGUAAAUUAAGACUGCUGAUGCUCUUUUUGCUCCAGUCACUUUUAAGUUCAACAUCUCAUUUCACCGUAUCAGUAGACCCCAGUUUCUGUUUUCAUUGUGGCUAGUUUGCAGCCCUACUAUGAAUUUUAAAGAUGAAUUUGUUUUCGGGAAGCAAAACGGCAAGAGUGAAAGUGCCAGUCUCACAUUUUAUGAGUAAUGGGACCUAUUUUAAGCCUCUGGCUGUCUGUUUGUGAGCGAGCAGAGGCCCAGGGGAAUGUCAUGUCUUCCUGUUGAUAAAAUGCCUUGGCGUCACAGCACAACACUCCACAACACUGCACACUGCUAAGCCCUACAAACUCUGCAUACGCAAGUUAUAGUAAGCAAACCAUGAAAGCACUAUUAACUUGAAAAGCCUGGCAGUUUAUAGGAAGAGCUAGAUUUGAUCUUCAGUGUGUAUUAUUUGUAUUUCUAAUGUUCUGUUAGGUUGAUGGUCUUUAGCAUGUCCUUCAUUAGAAUGUCUUUAAAAUGUUGACUCAUGGACAAAAGUACAUUUUAACUUGUUUAUCACAGAUUUGGUGGAUAUUUUUUAUCCAGAACAACUUUCUCUGAGCCUAAAACCCUGGCAGUAUUUGAGCCAUGAUUUCUGUUGCCAGGUCUUGUUAAAGCCAUGCUCUAUACUUUUUUGUUUUUUGUUUUUGUCUUUCCCCAACAGAAACACUUGAGCAUGUAGGUAUUUCAAUAUUAUCAAGUCCCAGUGCAAUGGUAGUUAGAUCGUCUGCAGUGAAACAAGUGAAGCAGCACGUGUGCGAAAUGUAGUUAGGAGAAGGAUUUAAAGAAAUCCUUCAUGUUUGAUUGGAUUGUAUGCCACUGUGAUUGGUGUGUGGUUUACACCGGUAUAUUGCAUUUUAACUGUUGUGUCUACGCAUUUUAAGCUGUUAGCGUGUCAUAUGAAGUGUUUUGGUUAUGGUUUGGGUUGGGGGUUAGAUAGUACAGUGAUGUGAAAAGAAAACAAAUAGCCAAGCACAGUUAAUGUCUACAACCAUAGCUCAAACUUUGUUUUUUUACAUUUCCAGAAUGUACAGGUCUAAUGUAUUAGCUAUGGUUGUGGCUGUGUUCCAGGACAAGAACACGUUAACUGUGCUUACCCAUUUUUUUGCUUUUCACGUGUCAUUUCACACUUCAUCUCUGUACUGACUAACCCUCAUCCUAUCCUUAAUCCUAACCCUACUCAGAAUGGUAUUAAAUGACACAUAAAAAGCCUAUAAUGUGCAGACAUGAAAUGUAAAAUAUCCCUGUAAACAUGGAAGAUUUUGUUGCAAAAUGGAGGUGUAAAAAAGAAAAAGUUAAAAUAUACUGAGGCAGGGUGGGGCAAGAUUAGCUGAUUGUCACAAUCACAUUUCAUUGGAUUAUUAUGUGUAUAUGCCCCUGAAUUUAAGAUUUAAUAUUUGAAUUCUUAACGGAAAGAGAAAAAGGAGGAUUUUUUAUGUAAAGAUUGUCAAAAAUGUUUUUUUUUACAUAUAUGUUACAUAGAACUAGAGAGAACUCAACAAUCAAUGCGGGGACACAGGAUUACAGCACAGAAAAUGCAUUUUUAUUUCACUGUCUUCAAAGCAGCCUAUAGCUGGCUGGUCUCUGGAGAUAGUAAUUUGGGAAUUUUCUCAGAAAUUAUCAUUAAGAAAAAGGUGCACAGAACCGUGAAUGGCAACGUUUCUCACGUACUGAGAACCUCUGGUAUGGCGAGCUUUGCCGAGGAGAGAAUGUAGCGUUUCACAAGAAGAAGUUGCCUCAGAGCAGCCUCACAAUAUAUUCAGAGAGACAGUUGGAUAUGUGCGUAGCUAAAUUAUUAUCCUAGUAACCCCACAAUAUGAAAUUCAAUCUUUGUCAGCAGAAAAGAAAAGUCUGCACUUUGCUGAUUGUAUUGAAAAGCCAAAGUUGUGGUCUGUUCUGAUGUGGCGCAUGUGUUUGAUGUCGUAUUACUGCAGCAUUAAUGGCUAGAAUGUAUUUAACUGCUAACAUGGACCUUAUGUGCACUCAUCUUUUUAUUAUUAUUAUUAUUAUUAUUAUUAUUGUUUUUACAUCAGCCACAUUUUCAGAUGUAGUGCCACUAAAAACGCACCGUAGGUUUAUCAGCAGAAAGCUCCUCUCCCCUUCACCGAUCCUUCGUUUUUCUUGACGUGCCAAAUCAGGCGUUGAUGAGGCCUGUGAAAGCUUAAUGCUGGAAUUGCAUCAUGCAGUAAGGCAUAUCAGUUACAGACUUUCGAAGUUUAAAAAAAAAAAAGGAAAAGGUUGGGGUAUGCACUAAAAAAAAAAUCAAGUUCUCAAUGCCUUUUUGUUAAAAAGGACUCUGUAAGAAGAAAGUUAGCCUAGUAUGCAUGUUUCUGAAGCAGCAUAACCAGUAUGUAUGAUGUACAUUUUGAAGCAGCAUUAAGCAGUAUGUAUGUACAGUUACAGUCUAACCUCUUUUUCUAUUGGCAGGCUUCAUGUGUGACAAACCUGUAGUGUUGUUAUCUUAAAUAUCCUUUGCCAUAUAUCCUCCAGAGUGAUUGUGUGAGCGUCUGUGUGUCCAUAUGCAUUAAUUGUCUUUUCUGUACAGGUUGCAGAGCUUCAUUGGCGGGCCCCAAUGAAAACCCACACUAUGUAUGUAUGUAUGUGUGUGUGUAUACAUGUCUGUGUGUCUGUGUGUGUGACGACACUUAACUGUUGCAGUGAUGGUGUCUCUAAACGUUUUGUAAGCCUUUUUCCCCCCACUGGCUGCUCUGUGCCAGAGAAGAAGAAAAAAAAUUGCUGAAGCUUUUUGCAUCGUUUGUAAGGAAACAAAAGAGGAGGAAACUUUUUUCAUACAUCAGUUGUAAACGUUUUACUUGAAAUGUCACGAAUCAGAACCACAGCUGUGUUGGUUUAGAGUUGAGAUGCGACAGGUGCAGUGUUUGUUUAGUGCUGAUUGUGUGUGUGAGAGCGUGUGUGUGUGUUUGUAUUGUGCUGCACGUAAAAGCAGCGAAGGUUAAAGCAUUUGUGUCUGAAACUGGCAGUGAAUGUCACUGAUGCCACAGUCCUACAUUUCAGAGUGAAGAAGUAACUAUUUCUUGAACUGAUGAAGGACUAAAGUUGCUUGAGUCCAAAUUUCUAAAAUCAGUUGCAGGGGCAAACUGACUGUGAAGAAAUAUUUAAUAAGAUUCAAUCAUGUUAUGAUCUUUUCCAUUCUCAGCCUCAAAAUCAUGCGAAUGAGGUCCAGCACCGAGGCGUUGUCACGUCUGUUGAAUUAGUGCAGGGGUUCUGCAAUAAUUGUUGCACUAGUUUUCCCUCCCUUAAGUGAAGGAUUUGAUGGCACCCUGUCUUUAUGCUCCCUUAACUGUCAGCUCAUCAAUUAAAAAAAACAGGCUCAUAUUUACAAAUCUGCUCGUCACGGGGUCUGUUAAUCACAUGAUCUGACCUGUGAUUCCAAGACAAACAGUGAACAUAAUAACAUGAACACCCAGAAAAUAAAAUGCAAUUCAAUGCAAUAUCCACACAGGAAAAUACUACCUUUGUGACGCUUACAGUAUCGUAAUGUUCUGUUUUAGGUGACUGUCUUUACUCUUAGGGUGUUUCUGUUCCUUGUUCACCAGUGUUCAGGUUAUUGUGUCCACCACCCUGAUAUUUAGUGAACACGGCCACAGUUACUUUAGUUUUUAACACAAAUUGUGUUUCUAAAAAGCCUUUGAAUGAGGCGAACAGAAUGAAUGUCAAGGGUUUAAAACUCUGCGGCAAAUUGUGCAGGUUGUUGAUCAAUUUUGAUACAUUUUUAAGGCAUCUCAAAAUUCUCACCUUAAAGAGGAAUACUGACUAACAGGUUUGUGGUCUCAUGUUCUUUUCUGUAUGCAGUACUGUAAACUACAUUACAGUGUGUCACUAAUAUAUUUCCAUAACAUACCAUGCUGUCAGAACCUUAACCUAUACUAUGAAUGAAUGUACAACGGGCCAAUGUAUUGUUUUUCACAGCCUACCUGCAUGAGAUUGGGUAAAGGUGAAUAUUCUUCCUCUUGCUACAUUUUUUUUUUUCAUUUAGUCUGCUUGGCAGCCAUACAGAUGUUUAUAAAUUAAUGCCUUAGGUUUGCUCCCUGUAGGAACAGUUUCUAGUUCAUUCUCACAAUAACCUGCGUUUUUAUUUAUGAACGUGUAUAUUGUGUUUUGUUUUUUUGGCUCCCUGGUCACAGAGUAAAGGUUUGUACCCUGACUGACUGGCUGGUCAUCUGAGUGUUCUGUGAAGAUGUACAAAUAAAUUUGUUAAACAUUCACCCGCCUGUGUUUGCUCUUGCAGUUCGACUGUACAGCAGGCCUCUUUACAAAAUCUUGCUUAAUUGAGUACUGUAAUGUGUGAUCGACAGUAAGCAUUUUGUAAAGUUUUAUCUGCCAUGUUCAACUAUAAUGACUCAUUGUUGAUUUUUGUUUUAUUUCCAGGGUUUCCACUGUCAAUCAAAUAUCCUGGAAGAUAAAAACAUUCCUGAAAAGGAAAAUUCAGGGAAUUUGUUGUUUUCCUGGAGAAGACAAGUACUGCAGGUACUUACACCAAUUAACAGGAAAAUAUGUCAGUGCUAGCAUUAAAAAAAAAAAAAAAAAGCAACAACAUUAAAAGACCAUGUGGAAGAUCUUGCCCCACAUAAAAGAUCAUCUGGGUCAGUGAAAGUGCUACUACUUUGUUAAGGGGCGUCCUGGGACACUGUCAGGAGAAAAACACAGUCUGAGUAUUGUAUUGAAAACAGGAAGCUUUUACAGGAAGAGAAGCAUUUAAAAGACAUAUAUAUUCACACAUAGAACCAGCACAAACGACUAAGUUUUAUUUUUCUUCUAUUUUCUCACAUCUCUAAUAAAUGGACAGCGAGGGCACUUAAUCACUCAUUGCUUUGAUUUAGUCAG